AAGCCCCUAGCGCAAUGGCCUGGACAUGGUGCGGUCGAAUUCAACAACGUUAAAAUGGCAUAUCGGCCAGGCCUUCCCAAUGUAUUGAGGGGGAUCUCAUUCAAGGUCAGGGGAGGCGAAAAGAUAGGUGUUGUGGGAAGGAUUGGUGCUGGCAAAUCUUCGUUGAUGCUCGCAUUGUUUCAAAUUGUCGAGUUGUCUGGCGGUUCAAUCACCAUUGAUGGCGUCGAUAUAUCUAUAUCUACAAUUGGUCUUAAAGAUCUCCGCUCC